GCGAAUCGGCGACGCGGCGGUGUACAAAGUGGCACACUGCCACUGGCCAGCGCCCUUGUUAAAUAACGCCGAGUGCGAGAAAGAGAAAGUACACCACCACAACAACGACAACGAGUAAGAGGACUGAGUAUCUAGUCUAGAACACAAAAUUCGUUUCAGAGCUGUUAUGGCUACUCUCACUGUCCCUCACCAGGUUCCCGACGCCGCUGAAGACUCCGAGCAGCUCAGAAAGGCAUUUGGAGGAUGGGGGACGAACGAGGGAUUGAUCAUCUCGAUCCUGCCGCACAGGAACGCAGCUCAGCGGAAGCUGAUCAGAGAAGUCUACCACUCCACCUACGGCGAAGAUCUGCUCAAGGAUCUGGACAAUGAGCUCUCCAACGACUUCCAGCGCGUCGUCCUGCUGUGGACCCUGAGCCCCAGCGAGCGCGACGCCGUUCUGGCCAGCGAGGCCACCAGCAAGUGGACCUCCAGCAACCAGGUUAUCAUGGAGCUCGCCUGCACCAGAUCCUCCCUCCAGCUCCUCGACGCCAAGGCCGCCUACCACGCCCGCUACAAGAAGUCGAUCGAGGAGGACGUGGCCCACCGCACCACCGGCGACUUCCGCAAGCUCCUCUUCUCCCUCAUCGCCUGCCACCGCUACGACGGCGACGACGUCAACCUCACCCUCGCCAAGCAGGAGGCCAAGAUCCUCCGCGAAAAGUUCGAAGAGAAGCAGUUCGCCGACGACGAGGUGAUCAGGAUUCUCUCCACCCGGAGCAAAUCUCAGGUCAACGCCGCUCUGAACCAGUACAAGAGCCAAUUCGGACACGAGAUCGUGAAAGCCCUCGAAUCGGACGACGACGAUGACAAGUUCCUGUGGCUGCUGAGGUCGACCAUCAAGUGCCUGACCCGUCCCGAAGAGUACUUCGUGGAGGUUCUCCAUGGCGCGAUCGCCAAGACAGGGACCGACGAAGGCGCGCUCACUAGGGUUGUGGCCACUCGGGCGGAAGUGGAUCUCAAGAUUAUCAAGGAAGAGUACCAGCGAAGGCACAGCGUCCCUCUGGAGAAGGCCAUUGCUAAGGAUACCCGCGGCGACUAUGAGAACAUCCUCCUUGCUCUUCUUGGUCAGCAGAUCGAUGAGUAGAAGAAAAAGCAGCACAGCACCCCCCUCGAUCCAUCGCGUCCCCGUUUCUGUUUGUUUCCUCCUGCGUUUUGUGCUUGUGUGUUUGUUGUUGAUUUUCUGCUGUGGCCCUACGCUUCUUGUCUAGCUGCUUGCUCUGUGUUGUGUAUGAAGACAAGAAAGAAAUAAUGAAAUUUGGGUAUGGUGCUAAAUUAAUACCAGA